ACAGGUUUUACUUUCUCGAUCCUUAGAAGGAAUCCAUAAACCUUAUCCACCACAAUGGAAGGAGCACCAAACUCAUCCAAGAAGCUCUCUAGCAACAAGCAGACUGGAGCAGGAUGGAGUGAUGCAGGCCAAGACCAGAGCAGCAAUCAACAAAGCCAGGCCAGUGCUCAGCAGAGUGGUGCCAGCGGUCAAACUCAAACCGGCAGCCAGCAGAGCAACAAGACCUGUGGUCAAACCCAAACUGGCAGCCAGCAGAGCAGUGGCCAGACCAGCGGUCAAACUCAAACCAGCAGCCAGCAGAGCAGUGGCCAGACCAGUGGUCAAACUCAAACCAGCAGCCAGCAGACCAGUGGCCAGACCAGCGGUCAAACCCGAACCAGCAGCCAGCAGAGCAGUGGCCAG